ACCACAUACCCACAUAACCACACAACCACAUAACCACACAACCACAUAACCACACAACCACAUAACCACACAACCACAUAACCACAAACCCACACACACAUACCCACAGAGCCAUGGACACCACCAUCGCCUUCACCCCAACCUCAAAACCAGGUAUCCUAAAGAAACCCACUCCAAUAAGCGAUAAACCAAAAAAUAAACCAAUAGCACAACGGUUAGCAAGAAUAAUAGGAAAAAAGACGGUCGUCUCGUUCUGCGAUAUUCCCGAGAUCAGGUUUAUGGGAGGGGAGGAGGGGAGUGAGGGGAAGGAGGAGAAGGAGGACGAGAAGACAAUAGAGGAAGGAAAAGGGGAAGGGAACGAGGAGAAGGUGGAGGAGAUAAUAGAGAAAGGAGAAGGGAAGAGGAGGAGGAGGGUAACAAAAAGGAAGCGUAAUUUAGAGAAGAAAAUGGUAGUGUUAGGGGAAAGGAAAGGAAGGGGAAGUAAAAGGGGAGCUAAGAAAAAUGGAAGCUGAUCGCAGUGAUGAAGAAGUUAAGAUUAAGAAAGGGAGAAUAGAGAACAGUGCUUAGCGGAUCGGAGGAGGGAGGGGUUAGAGUACAUUUAUUGGGGGAGGAGGGAUGGAGGAAGGUACAGGAGCAGAGGGAAGACUUGCUACAUGAGGUCUUAGUAGGUCUCGAGACGAAGUGAGGGGAGAGGAGAG